AGACUAGGAACUUGUGUUAGAAAAGCAAAUUUGGGUUUUAAAAAUUCCCUCUGUGAAAGAAUAGUGCAGUAAUAAUUAGCACAGUUAGACAGUGUCCUUGAUUUGGUGAUGAUUUAUUGAAUUUCCACACACACCAUGUGAUAACGUAGGGUUAAGCUUAGGGUUAAAUCUGGGUGUAUAAAAGUGGAAUAUUUAGUACAAUGCAGCAGCAGUGAUCCAAAUUAGAUCCCAGUUAACAAACGAGCUGCAUGAGAUGACACUGACGUCAUCAGUAAUGAAUUAGAAGACAAUAAGACAAAACAACACCAUCUCAAGAGCUUACCUUUCUAAUAAAUCAAAUGUUUUGCAGUGGAACCACGUGAAACCAUCACACAUUUUGAUCCAGGAAUCAGUUAUGGAAGACUCCAGAUCAGAGUUAUUUACAAGAGGAGACCCUCAGGGACAAAGCAGCCUGUUUCUGAAUCUAUUUAAAGAGUUCAGGUUUGAAGCGUUACACAACCCUUCAAUCCAGAUACAAAAUGCUACUGAUCCAGAGCCAUGCAGAGUGGAGAGCAAAACGCAGCAGAUCAUACUGCAUUGCUCACUCAUGUCCUCUUCUGAACACCGAAAGGACUCUAUCUCAAACCUGUCUUCAACUAACCACCAAUCAGAAGAGGAACCCACCUCAACCCCUUACUCUCCUGAACACCAAUCUCGAGAUGACCACACGUCAAACCUGACCUACCAUGAACAUCAUUCUAGAGAGGACAGCACCUCAAACCUGUCCUCAACUAACCACCAAUCUGCAAAGGUCUCUACCUCAAACCUUUCCUUUACUGAACACCAAUCUCAACAUGACCACACCUCAAACCUGUCCUCUCCAAAACACUGUUCUGGAGAGGACCACAACCCAAAACUGUCUUGUCCUAAACUCCAAUUUGAAGAGGAAUAUACCUUGUGUGUGUCCUGUUAUAAAAACCAAACUGGAGAGGACUAUACCUCAAACCUUUCCUCUACUAAACAUCAGUCUGAAAAGGACCAAACCUCAAACCUGUUCUUUCCUAAGCACGAAUCUGAAGAUGACCACAUGUCAAUCCCUUACUCUCCUGAACACCAGUCUGAAGAUGACCACACUGCAGUUCCUUCCUCUCCUGAACACCAAUCUCGAGAUGACCACACCUCAAUCCCGUCCUCUUCUGAACACCAAUCUGGAAAGGACCACACAUCAAACCUGUCCUUUCCAAAACACCAAUCUGAAGAGGAACCCACUGCAAAUCUGUCCUACCAUGAACACCAAUCUGAAGAUGACCACACCUCAAACCUGUCCUCUCCUGAACACCAAUCUCGAGAUGACCACACCUCAAACCUGUCCUUUCCUAAACACCAAUCUCGAGAUGACGACACUACUGUCCCUUCCUCUCCUGAACAUCAAUCUCGAGAUGACCACACCUCAAUCCCUUCCUCUUCUGAACACCAAUCUCGAGAUGACCACACCUCAAUCCCUUCCUCUCCUGAACACCAAUCUGAAGACGACCACACCUCAAUCCUCUCCUCUCCUGAACACCAAUCUCGAGAUGACCACACCUCAAUCCUCUCCUCUCCUGAACACCAAUCUGAAGAUGACCACACCUCAAACCUGUCCUUUCCUAAACACCAAUCUCGAGACAACACCUCAAUCCCGUCCUCUCCUGAACACCAAUCUCGAGAUGACCACACCUCAAACCUGUCCUUUCCUAAACACCAAUCUCGAGAUGACCACACUACUGUCCCUUCCUCUCCUGAACAUCAAUCUCGAGAUGACCACACCUCAAUCCCUUCCUCUUCUGAACACCAAUCUCGAGAUGACCACACCUCAAUCCCUUCCUCUCCUGAACACCAAUCUGAAGACGACCACACCUCAAUCCUCUCCUCUCCUGAACACCAAUCUCGAGAUGACCACACCUCAAUCCUCUCCUCUCCUGAACACCAAUCUCGAGAUGACCACACCUCAAUCCCUUCCUCUCCUGAACACCAAUCUCGAGAUGACCACACCUCAAUCCCGUCCUCUUCUGAACACGAAUCUGGAAAGGACCACACAUCAGACCUGUCCUUUCCUGAAUCAGAACAGAAACAUCUACCACGUUUCAAGUGUCACUACUGUGGCAGGUCAUUCAGCCACCAGCAUUACCUCAAAGUGCACACUGUCCAAGGAGAAGAUGCCUUUAACUGCACCUCAUGUGGGAAGCUUUUCUCUGCUAAAUGUAGCUUGAUGGCCCACAGACGCUCUGAGCAUAAAGGAGAAAAAAAACGUGAAGAGUCCGGGAAAGCUUUCGCAACAGCUAAAGCAAGAGCAGCACAUCAGUCUAGUCACAAUGGAAACAAGCAGUUUAACUGCCCAAGCUGUGACAAAUCCUUCCUGAGCAAGCGCAUGCUAAGUGCACACAUCCUAAAUGAGCACCGGGGGACUCAGCCCUUUGGUUGUGACGUCUGUGGUAAAAGAUUCAAGCUGAGGAAUGGACUGAUCUCCCAUCAGCGGAUUCAUUCAGGAGAGAGGCCAUAUCGCUGCGAGGAAUGUGGUAGGACCUUCGUUGCUAAGAGCACCUUUAACGUCCAUAGGCGGGUUCACACGGGUGAGAAGGCAUUUAGCUGUGAAACAUGCGGCAGGAGUUUUAGCCUAGCUGCUUGUCUGUCCAGACAUCGACAGAGCCACAGGGAUUUCAAAUCCUUCAACUGUGAUGUCUGCGGGAAGACUUUCGCCCAAGCUAGCCACCUUCGUAUUCAUCAACGUGUGCAUGCUAGCGAGAAAACGCAUGACUGUGCAACCUGCCAGAAAAGUUUCAAUCAUAUCCGGGCUCUCAGGUUGCACGAGAAGAUUCACAUAAACAAGCGGCCAUUUUCCUGCUCUGUGUGCAGCAAAUCGUUUGGUUCGGAUGCGUAUCUAAGACGGCACCAGCAGCUCCAUUUAGGAGUGAAUCUGCACCGCUGCGACGAGUGCGGCAAGAGUUUCCUCACAGCCGGCCAUCUCCGCUCACACCUGCAGGUCCAUCCACACUCGAGACCUUUCACCUGCGGCGAGUGUGGACGGAAAUGCAGCACCCUCGCUGAUCUCGCGCACCACCGACGCGUCCAUACGGAGGACAGCUUCCGCUGUGGGGUGUGUGAGAAGCGGUUCGUGACCAGGAAGAGCUUGUGCUUGCACCAGCGUACACACAGCGGCGAGAAGCCGUACUCCUGCAGCCAGUGCGGAAAGAGUUUCGCACACUUAUCCAGUGUCCUCCGCCACGCCAGCGUACACACUGGAGAGAAACCCUUCCAGUGUGACGAGUGUGGGAAGUGUUUCCGCGUGGCGUUUAGUCUCAGAGCUCACACGCAGGUGCACUUGAACAAGCAAGAGCACACGUGCGCUGAAUGCGGGAGAGGGUUCUCACGAUCGAAAAGUUUACUGAGCCACAAGUGUGCGAAGAGGCAGUCUAAAAAAGAAAAAAAAAGCAAGAAAAGACAAACGAAUGUCUCUGAACACAGGGUUUGAGUUCUGUAUUCCAGAAGAAAUAUCAAAUAUUGAAUAAAUGUCAUUAAAAAUGUGAAAAAAAUGAGAAAACAGAAAAUUGACUUGAUUUAAGGCAUAAAAAUUGUCAUGAAGUCUCUGAAUAAUUUUUUUUUUUUUUGGAAAGCACUACAAAGAAAGAAAUACUAUAACCAGACACUACAUUUACAUCAUUUUCCCUCCACAUGUUUGUCUGAAGUAAAGGAAGUCUUAAGCUUCCAGUUUAUGUCUAAAAGUCAUGAAAGUUGCAUAUGUUUAUAAAGAUUAUUAAAAAAAAAAAAAAACCACCAGAAAGAAGAAAUUGUUGAAAGAACUGCUUUGCUGAUAUUUGCCCUUUACUAAAUAGAAGAUAC